AAAUGGCCAGCUCUGAGGAUCGUACAGUCUGAAGCUCCCUCGAGGUAGAACUCCAAUCAAAAAUCCACCAAUUGUGGUGCUCACCUGUCUCCUGAUGUACAUGGCACGAGAAAAUUGACUCCAUGGCCCAGAUAUCCAGUGGAAAUGGGUUUAAGCUGGAUGCACGGCCCAAGGCAGUGGUGGGGAAGGAAGAGGCUCUUCGCAUGGAGGCCGAAGCCCUAGCUAAGCUCCAACGCGAGAAGAGACACACACUCCCAGCAGCAACAUCCUCCGUCAGCACCACCGCCCGGACUACCGCCACCACUGCCUCCACCAGCCGACCCGAGACAGAUCUUAUUGUCUUCCCCGAGUCAGAAGCCAAGAAGAGGGCAGAGAAGGACAAGUUUGGGGAUAUCGACGUGGACAAGCUUACCAAUGAAGAGCUUGAGAAACUGCUUUUGGAUGAGAACUUUGGUGCCAACAGCAAAGCGAGCAGACCUUCCGCUCUACUUGGCUGCAACCUUAGUGCCUCCUACCCAGGAGGUCAUGCCUUCAGCUCCUCCCCAUUCCACUGGCACACACCUACACUCUCUGGUCCCACCAACUCAGGCAUGCCCACCCCAAAUCAGCCUCAGCCUUCUGGUGUGUUCCCCUCUGCACCAUUCCCCAAGCCCUCCUGCUCCUUCCAAAAUGGGUUCACCCCACCCAUGCCUCGUUUCCUCAGCCUCACUGCUCCACCAUCCCCCUUCAUGGCUUUCACUCCUAUCCAACCACCUGCCACUAUGGUGUUCCAGCAGCCACCUGCUGUCACUCCUGAGGUGGCCAAACUCCUCGACAAAAUCGCCAGCACCUCGGAAUACUUGAAGAACGGAAGGUCUUCCAGCAUGGAUUCGGAGCCCGCUACGCCCAAAUCCCUGGAGCCAGUGCCUCCACCGCCCUCCGAGCCCCCGGCCAUCAGCCGCUUUGAUUGGCUAGAUUUGGACCCGCUCAACAAGCGUAAGGUGGAGGCAGAGGUGGAGGAGGCCACCUGCCGACCAGUAGUAGGUGUUGUGGUAACAGAUGGGGAGGAUGCUGGGGACCCCUGGGACGCGGUGCUACGAGACGAAACGGAAAGUGCCGGCAGCCCUCCAGCUCAGGUGAAAGUUCAGCAUUCGGCAGCCUCGCAACAGAGGAGAGCGUCCACGGGGACAGCAGUAACUAGAAGCCACUCAGUCAACAUCCCAGCAACCUCCUCACAUCAUGGCUCAAGUAAACAGCUCAAUAAGGGAAGUGGAAGCAUACUCACAAAAUACUCCAUCCUGCUGGAUAAGGAGGCCCAGAAUUUAGAAGUGGCUUCCUUCUGUGAAGAUAUUGCAAUAUUAAGGACAAAGUUUCCUCACGGGGACCUGUCCACUAAUCCUGGCUAUGUUCUGAGCCCCGUGAUAUCCCAGAGGGAUGGGGGCGGGGACAAUGGCGGCAGCGUGAAGGUGUCUAUUGAAAUCUCUGACUCCCAGGAGCCUGUUACAUUCACUUGUGAUGUGAGUUCCCCAGUGGAACUCUUGAUCAUGCAGGCCCUGUGUUGGGUUCAUGAUGACCUGAACCAGGUGGACAUCAGCAGCUAUGUCCUUAAGGUUUGCGGCCAGGAGGAGGUUCUCCAGAAUAAGCACAGCCUGGGCAGCCACGAGUAUGUGCAGAACUGCAGGAAGUGGGAGACUGAGAUCAAGCUGCAGCUCCUCUCUCAGAGUACUAUGAGACGAGACCUGGCACGAAUGGCGGCUGACGACAGUUCCCCUAUCGACUUGGAGAAAUACCUAGGUCAAGUGGAGAGGCCGUUUAAAGAGACUGUCACGAGAGAAUGCCUUGCUGAGUAUCUAGAAGGCUAUCACAAUCAAGUCAACAUUUGUCUGCAAAAUGAGACCGCUCAAUAUAAGACAGUGGACAGUAUUGUCCAGUCAGUAAAAAAUUUGUGUUGUGCUUUGGACGAAGUGGAGACACCAGCCAUCACUGAUGCUAUUAAGAGGCUCAAACGCUCCGUCAACCUCCCCAGAACCCGCUCACCAGAGGUUGGUGCAAAAUCGUCUGGUGACUCUGCCAACGGUCACGUCAGCCCGGUGGAGGAGAGCAUGAUCACUCUCACCGAUGCUGUCUAUGACCUGGUCAAGCUCUACCUGCGCUCUUUUUGUCCCACCUCCCCUGGCCCCAUGGAAGUGGAGCCGGCAGAAGGCAGCCGGGCCAGUAAAGAGGCCUCCGGUACCACUGAGCACCUGCAGUUCACCCUGUUCGCCAUUCACGGUAUCAGCGGAGCCUGGGUCAGCAGUUAUGAAAAAUACUACCUGAUGUGUGCCCUGACACACAACGGCCGGAAUCUUUUCAAGCCGGUCCAGUCUAAGAAAGUGGGAACAUACAAGAGCUUCUUCUACCACAUUAAAUGGGAUGAACUGAUAAACUUCCCUAUUUCGGUUGCGCUGUUGCCGUUGGAGUCUAUGCUGAGUCUGAGCCUCUAUGGGGUCCUGAACCAGAGUAGCAACAGUUCACCUGACUCCAACAAACAGAGAAAAGGCCCAGAGCUGCUGGGCAGAGUCUCCAUGCCCCUCUUUGAUUUCAGACGGGUUCUGGCUAGAGGGACUAAGUUGCUGAGCAUGUGGACGUCUCCUCAGGCCUCUCAGUCUGGGUCUGCUGGCAGGAGGAAGAACCUGGCCGAGAGGAUUAUACUACAGGUGGAUUUCCCCAGCCCCUCAGUGGAUGUGUUAUACGUGGGUCCUCAGGAGAUCAGCUGCCCUGACCCCAAAUCUCUGGAGCCCCUGGACCCAGACCUCAAGAGGAGAACAGAGAAACUGUGUUCCAGGGCCUCCAAUUUCGGGUUGACCCGGGCAGACCGUCAGCUUCUGUGGGACCAGAGGCACCACUGUCGGGGUUACGAGCACAGCUUACCCAAGAUCUUAGCCAGCGCACCCAGCUGGGACUGGGGAAGCAUGGGAGAGCUCCACGCCCUCCUGCACAACUGGCCCCCCCUGUCGCCAGUCUCCGCUCUAGAGCUGCUUGACUCCAAGUUUGCUGAUACAGAGGUCAGGAGCGUUGCAGUGAGUUGGAUUGAUAGCAGUAGCGAUGAUGAAUUAGCUGACUACCUGCCCCAACUAGUUCAGGCUUUGAAGUUUGAGUGCCACCUGAAGAAUGCCUUGGUUGUGUUUUUGUUGUCACGAGCGCUAAGCAAUAUAAACAUCGCACAUUACCUUUACUGGCUGCUAAGGGAUGCUGUUCAGGACCCACUGUUUGGACAGCGCUAUGACCGAGUUCUAGGAGCCCUGCUGUGCCUUUGUGGGGAGGGUCUUCGGACCGAACUGGGGAAACAGACCAGACUGGUGCAUCUUUUGGGAUCACUGGCUGAGAAAGUACGGCAGGCGAGCAGCUCCAACAGACAGGUUGUUCUUCAGGAGGGUCUGGAGAGAGUCCAGAAUCAUUUCUUCUACAAAAACAACUGUAGACUGCCCCUUAGCCCCAGCCUGGUCGCCAAGGAGCUUAAUGUGAAGGCUUGCUCCUUCUUCAACUCCAACGCUGUGCCACUGAAGCUUGCCCUGGUGAAUGCAGACCCCCUUGGAGAGGAGAUCAAUGUAAUGUUUAAGGUCGGUGAGGACCUGAGACAAGACAUGCUGGCCCUGCAGAUGAUUCGCAUAAUGGAUCGCAUUUGGCUACAGGAAGGACUGGAUUUACGCAUGGUCAACUUCAAAUGCAUUUCCACAGGCAAAGACAAAGGCAUGGUAGAGCUGGUCCCAUCCUCUGAUACGCUGAGAAAAAUUCAGGUGGAGUAUGGAGUGACAGGUUCUUUCAAGGACAAACCUCUUGCUGAAUGGUUACGCAAGUAUAACCCUGCCGAGGAUGAAUAUGAGAAGGCUUCAGAGAAUUUCAUCUACUCGUGUGCAGGCUGCUGCGUAGCCACGUACCUGCUGGGCAUCUGCGAUCGCCAUAACGAUAACAUCAUGCUACGCACCACCGGUCACAUGUUCCACAUCGACUUUGGGAAGUUCUUGGGACAUGCCCAGAUGAUCGGAAGUUUCAAAAGGGAUCGUGCCCCAUUCGUCCUGACCUCUGACAUGGCUUAUGUCAUUAACGGAGGAGAGAGACCAACCAGUCGUUUCCAGCUCUUCGUGGACCUGUGUUGUCAGGCUUACAACCUUAUCCGCAAGCACUCAGGCCUCUUCCUCAACCUGCUCUCUUUGAUGACGCAGUCGGGCCUCCCAGAGCUGACUGGACCUCAGGACCUCAAGUAUGUUUACGACGCUCUGCAGCCUCAGACUACUGACGCUGAGGCCACCAUCUUCUUCACCAGGUUGAUUGAGUCCAGUCUGGGCAGUGUAGCCACUAAAUUUAACUUCUUCAUCCAUAACCUGGCUCAGCUUCGUUUCUCUGGCCUGCCCUCCAACGACGAGCCCAUCCUGUCGUUCUCUCCCAAGACCUACACCAUGAAACAGGAUGGGCGAAUCAGGGAUGCCUCCAUCUUCUCCUUCCAGAAGAGAUACAACCCUGACAAACACUAUACCUAUGUGGUACGUAUACUGAGGGAGGGACAGAGUGAGCCUCAGUUUGUGUUUCGCACCUUCGACGAGUUCCAGGAGCUGCACAACAAGCUGAGUAUUCUCUUCCCACUGUGGAAGCUGCCAGGGUUCCCUAAUAAGAUGGUGCUAGGGCGCACACACAUUAAAGAAGUAGCUUCCAAGAGGAGGGUGGAGCUGAACAGCUAUGUGCAUAACCUCAUGAGAAGUUCUACUGAGGUCACGCAGUGUGAUCUCAUUUAUACGUUCUUCCAUCCCAUUGCGAGAGAUGACAAGACAGAGGGUCUUGAUGGGCUCCCUAAAGCACCAGAAGUGCCACCGCUCAGUCCGACCGCAGGCAGAGUGGAGGGCGAGGUGAAACUCUCCAUUUCCUAUAGGAACAGUACACUCUUCAUUAUGAUCAUGCAUAUUAAAGACCUGAUGUCUGAUGAUGGAGCCGAUCCCAACCCUUAUGUGAAAACCUAUCUUCUCCCUGACCCUCAUAAAACCUCAAAGCGGAAAACAAAGAUCUCCAGGAAGACCAGGAACCCAACUUUUAAUGAAAUGCUGGUGUACAGCGGCUACAGUAAGGAGAGCCUGAGUCAGAGGGAACUGCAGCUGAGCGUGCUCAGUGCGGAGUCUCUGAGAGAGAACUGCUACCUGGGCGGCAUCACCCUCAGCCUCAAGGACUUUGACCUGAGCAAAGAGACGGUCAACUGGUACAAACUGACUGCAGUGCCAUACUUUUAGCUACUCACAGGACCUUAGACCUGACGUCUCAGAAGCCCUCCAGAGAAAGGACGAUGACGUCAAGACAUCUGGUGCCCUGAGAGGGCAAUUCAGGCUCCUCUCCUGGUCAACUCCCCCACCUCUCACUCUCUCACCGACACUAAUCAUGGUGGAUUCUUCACAGAAGCAAGCAAUCUACUCUUCCUGAUGUUUUUUUCUUUUUAACUAUUAAAAGCAAAUUGAAAUA